AUGUCGGGGUGUUUUGCUUGUUCCACAGUUCGGGUGGUACCAGAUAAAAAGGAAGAGAAAAUGAGGAUGAGGAACAAAUACAGAAAACCUACGGCUUUACGUUGCAAUGCAGGGAGCAGAUUUUCAACGUCUGUUGUGGUAUUGAGCUUGUUAGGAUGCUUGUUUUUGCUUCAUUUAUAUACCUAUCUUCAUCACACAGAUAGAAAUGGGGAAGAGUCUCAAUUGCGCUGGAACCAUCAUCCCCAAUUCGGUGAACUUCAAGAAGUUGAAGAGGAGGACAUUCAAAUCCCACCACCAAGGGGAAAGAGGUCCCCUCGAGCAGCAAAACGCAGACCUAAACGGACAACCACAUUAAUUGAUGAAUUCUUGGACGAAAGUUCCCAACUGAGACACGUGUUUUUUCCUGGUCGUAAAAAAGCUAUAGAUCCAAUACAGACUGCUGCAAAUGAAAAUGGGCCUACCUACCAAAUUCACAAGAAAGGAGCUGCUCGGGUGGACAUUAUUGGAGUUGGUUGCUAUUCUUCGAAGGAUUUGUGGACCUGGAAACAUGAGGGGAUUGUGUUGGCAGCAGAGGAAACAAAUGAAACCCAUGAUCUGCACACGUCUAAUGUGCUUGAGAGGCCAAAAGUUAUUUACAAUGAGAGGACAGGAAAGUAUGUGAUGUGGAUGCAUAUUGAUGAUGCCAACUAUACCAAAGCAGCUGUUGGAGUAGCAAUGAGUGACACACCUGAUGGGCCAUUUGAUUAUCUUGGUAGCCAAAGACCCCAUGGAUAUGAAAGCAGGGAUAUGACAGUUUUCAAAGACGAAGAUGGCAUGGCAUAUCUAAUCUACUCCUCCGAAGACAACAGUGAACUGCACAUUGGACCCCUUACCGAAGAUUAUCUCAACGUGACAUCUGUCAUGAGAAGGAUUCUUGUGGGACAACACAGAGAAGCUCCAGCUCUGUUCAAGCAUGAGGGCACAUAUUACAUGAUCACGUCAGGCUGCACAGGAUGGGCCCCAAAUGAAGCACUGGCUCAUGCAGCCGAGUCCAUCUUGGGGCCUUGGGAAACAAUUGGAAAUCCAUGCAUUGGAGGAAACAAAAUGUUUAGGCUUACAACCUUCUUUGCUCAGAGCACUUUUGUGCUUCCUCUACCUGGCUUCCCUGGUGCAUUUAUUUUCAUGGCAGAUAGGUGGAAUCCGGCGGACCUGAGAGACUCCAGAUAUGUAUGGUUGCCUAUGAUAGUGGCAGGACCUGUUGAUCAGCCUCUGGAGUACAGUUUUGAAUUCCCUCUGUGGUCAAGAGUGUCUAUCUAUUGGCACAGAAAAUGGAGACUGCCUCAUGGCUGGAGCAGCUUCAAAUAA